CGGAAAGACAAAGAGCGGAGAGCGGCCUCGUGAGCUGGAGAUGGAAGGGGAGGCGAGCGGCAAGACUGGUGAAUCUGGAAACUGCAUCGGCCAUGGUGCUGACAUCCAGAGGAGGAAGCAACAGGAGACAAACUCGGAGAUUGAAGCAGCCAAGAGGGGUCAUGCUGCGGCAUUGAUUUCCGCUCCUACUGACACAAAAUUGGAGAUGGGGGAAACUGAGGGGAUGAAGGAGAACAUGCUGUCGGAGAUCCAGAGGAGGAAGCACGAGGGGACAACAUCGGAGACUCAGUCGGCCACGGAGACGGUUAGGGCUGAGAUCUACUCCUUACUCAAUCUUAUCUCCAAGAAAGUCACGGAGCUGAAAGCCGAGCCGAAGCCGAGGAUUAGCGACGAGGUCCAGAUCCACAUGGAUAACAUCUACAGAGAGGUGACGAAUUUGCUGCAGAUGAUGGAGAAAGUGCAGAACAACGAGAUUCCGGGCAAAGAGCCAUUCUCGGAGAAGAUGGGUGUGGAAGGGAUCCAGAUUAGGACUGAAGACAAGUGUGGAUCAGCAACCGAGACGCAGGGGUCGACCUACUACGAAUACAGAUUGAAUGCAAUCUUCAACGGGUUGAAUCAGCUUUGCACCCAGUUGGAUCAGAUGGGACAUCUUAGUUACAAAUCUGAAUUGUUCUCCGAGCUGCUCAAGGAGCCGUUGGUCAACACGACCAACAUCAAGUUAGGAACCAGAAUCAAACUGGAUGAGGUGGACGAGACGCAACCAAUAAUUUCCAUGGAGACUCUGGAGGCAGCCAAGGGAAAGUACAAGCCUUUGCCGAGGAUUUCCACUUCCAGAUUGAUAAUAUUGGAGACAGAGGAAACCCACGAGAUGGCAGUUAAAGCCAAUGAGAAGCUCAGGAAGGCCCUGAUGAUCAAUAAGCAGGCAGAGGAGUUCUUUGAUGAGUAUCGUCGUGGCUGGGUAUCGAAUUGGUCCAGAUCAUACGGUACCUUCACAGAGACGACUUCAUUGAGUCCUAUGUACUUUACACACAGUACACCAGGACACACACCAUCUGCUGCUUUCGUUGCUAGCACUCUGCAGAUUUACUCCAUCGAAGUUAAAGAAAUAGAAGAUGUUCCAGGCUUGAAGUGGCCACUGGAAGUGUACGGAUUGAUUGCUGCAAGAGACACCGUGGAUCACAAUCGCAACAUACUCUUUUUCCGUCGAAGGAAUAACUGCCAAAUACUCAAUCCAGAGGAUCCUUUUUUGCACUUGACUGGCCCGUCUCGUGCAAUUGUAUGUCGGGAACCUGUUUAUGUGGAAAUAAAGCUGAACGUGAAGGGUAGAACAGAGUCUGAAGAUAUUGCGUUGAUAAAUCGUGUCUGGUAUUACAGCGGUAGUGGGGUAUGUACUCUAUAUACCCCUCUUGCCGGAGGCUUAUGCACAAUGGUGUUAAGCUCAGAGGAGCUUCGUGAAUCAGUCCAGGCUACUAUCGUGGGUAUCCGUCUCUGUGUUCCCGAAGAGACACCGUGUCUUUUUAAAAACGGCGGCAGAGUUGUUUGCUUCUCUCUGCCUCGGAAAGGCAGGCCUCAGAAAGGCAGGUUGCCUAACAGUACCCACCCUUCAUUUCGGCAAGUUGUGCUUCAAGAUGGAGCAAUGACUAGUUGUUCAAAGGGUUACCUUAAUCUGUCAAGGCAUGCUGUCUCUGUGCAAUUAUGUGGAACGCUUGAAGUUGUCAUAGAGGCUAACUCGCAGUCUGGGACUAUCAAAGGUGAGGUAUCCAUCAAGGCGCAAAAUUGCAAUAUAACUCAGGAUGUGUGUCAACUUGGCGACUCUGUGCUGGAAAUCACUGUUGCUUGGUCCCGUCUAGUUCAGGACAAGCUGUGGAUCUCGAUGGAGGGAAGUGAGGAAGUUUGAUUGAGCUCAGACUAUUAGUAUUUCCAGUGUUCAGUAUUGUAUAACUGUAUUUUGUAUUUCCAGUGUUGUGUAUUGUACUAUUAGUGCAUACUGCAGUAUGUCACAAAAUAGGUGCUGAUCAGUAUAUCACAAAAUAUCUGACUGUUUAUGCA